UCUUCCUUAAUGGAAGUCUAACCCAGCCCUUGUUGUACACACUAUACGUAAUGUGUCAUUUUUCACGUGUUCUUGACUGUUCCCGGUAAUUUUAUUAAGUUGUACCGACAAAAUCAACGAAAAUAUACCCAGUGAAUUAUUUUCUGGUAACCAACAAGGAAAAUGUCCGGUACCUUGAAGCCUUACUUGACGGCAGUGAGACGUACACUCACGGCUGCAAUGUGCUUGGAGAAUUUCUCGUCACAAGUAGUCGAGAAGCACAAUAAACCAGAGGUCGAAGUCAGAGAAAGCAAGGAACUGUUAUUAACUCCUGUUCUUAUAAGCAGAAACGAGAAGGAAAAGGUUUUGAUCGAAUCGAGCGUUAACAGUAUGCGAAUAAGCAUAGCCGUUAAGCAAGCAGAUGACCUUGAAAAGAUUCUUUGUCAUAAAUUCACAAGAUUCAUGAUGAUGCGAGCUGAAAAUUUUAUAAUCCUUAGGAGGAAACCUAUAGAGGGAUAUGAUAUAAGUUUCUUAAUCACUAAUAUUCAUGUGGAACAAAUGUUCAAACACAAAAUAGUGGAUUUUGUGAUCUAUUUUAUGGAAGAGAUCGACCGAGAGAUCAGUGAAAUGAAAUUAUCAAUGAAUGCUAGAGCUCGGAUCUGUGCUGAAGAAUUCUUGAAAAGAUUUUAAUCAGUCAUCCAACACCGGGUUUAAAAAAAAUUAGAUAGCGAUCAAACGAGACGUACGGGAGAGGAGCGAAGAAGAUAGUGGUAAUGGAAACGGAAGGUGUUAGUGUAGAUGAUCGGCGUGUUGAGUACACUCUUUUUUUUUCUAUCUCUCUUCCUCUAUUAUUUUGUAUAUUAAUAUUGACUUACUUUAUUCAUCAUGUUUUAUUUCUCGAAUUUCAUAAAAUAGGCACAGAAAAUUUGAUCUGUGCUGUUCUAGUAACUAUACAAUGUUGCAUGUACAGUUAUAAUUUAGUUUCUUAAUUGUGCAAAGUUUUUUUUUUGUAUACAAUGGGAAAAUCACAAGAAAAGGAAUAGAAUCCUAUCUCGCGAAUUUUAAGAGGCACGAGGUAAUCAUAACAUCGGGUGAUUAUUCAAGAAACUUAUGAGGUGUUCCAAGCAGUCUGUAUGUGCAAUAAUGAAUGUUUUACAUACUAAUGCGAUAAUAUGUGAAAUUAAUACCGCUAUAUAAGAUUUCCUUAGUCGGAAAUUUUACUAAUUUAAUGAAACCUAAUAGAGUGUCCCCCUUUUCCAUCCAAAACGUGAACAUCGAGGAUUACUUUGCAUUAAAAAAGUAGUGUAUUUACAAAUCCAAAUAAGAACAACGUAUUUCAUAAUCGAAACUAAUCGCCUCGAAGAUGUUUAUUUCCUUGAAUACUUUGCAAGUAUCUGUAUGAUAAGUGUGAAUGGCAAAAGAUGUUUAAGUGUACCGGACAUUGAAAUAAUGUGAUAACGUAUGUGACCAAAGAGUCACGGCACCUCACAGCAUUUUUUAACUAGUAUUUAAUUGAAUCGCGAUAUUUCGCCAUUACAAACGUCCAAUGAUACUUUGUUUCAUUAAGUUUUAAUGACUGCCAAAACCUCAUAUAGCCUAACCGAAGCGGAAGAUUGUAACUGUGACUAUAACAUAAGUACGCUCUGUGGCCUGUGGUACUGUCUAUAAUUACUAAACACACCGGACCGUGUUCCAUCGUCUUAUAUUUAUAAUAAAGUUAGAGUGAAUGUGUA